UGUCGAAUUCGCAUGAUCGUUCGAAAAAAAGAAAAUUGAGAAAAAAAUCAAAGUUACAAUAAAAUUUUAAAACAUAACAUUUUAUAUCGAAAAAAUAUCAAAAUAAACAAAAAUAAACAAAAGCUAUUGUAUGUGCUUGCUUUUUAAAUACCUGUUCGAGGCUCUUUAUUAAAUUGAAAUUGCACUUCAUAAAAAUUGCAAAAACUUUCUAAAAUUUUUAUACAAAAAUUUAAAAUAAAAAUUGUAUGAAUAAAUAUAUAAAGUGGAUGUCAAAUAAAAUAGGAAAUGAGCAAUGAAAUAGUAACAACAACAAUAUCACCCGAAAUAGCAACAUCCAUUCAAGAUGAUGUUGUUCAAUCAACCUUUGCAACAACAAUAGCAACAAAAAUAAUAGAAAUGAUAACAACAGAAGCAUCAUUAUUUGAGAUUGUUAUAAACAAUGAAACAAUCAAUACGAAUACGACACAUGCUACUUUUGAUUAUUCAAAAUUUUUACUAACUUAUAUUGAUUAUGGUGUUAUCAUUUUUAUGUUAUUAUGCUCUACAGCAAUUGGUAUUUACUUUGGCUUUUUCAAAAAAAGUGAAAAUACAACGGAUGAAUAUUUAAUGGGUAGCAAAAAUAUGAAAACGUGGCCAAUCGCUAUAUCAUUAAUUGCAAGCCAAUUAUCGGCUAAUUCAAUAAUAACAAUGCCUUCAGAAAUAUAUUCAUAUGGUUUACAUUUUUUAUGGUGUAUCUUAGCAAUAUUUCCCGUUCUACCAAUAUACCUAUAUAUAAUUAUACCUGUAUUUUAUAAUAAUAACAUUACAAAUUGUUACGAAUAUUUAGAAAUGAGGUUCGAUAAAAAAACACGAGGUUUACUCACAUUUGCAUUUCUAUUUAAAAUUUAUUUAAUGAUACCAGUUUAUAUAUUUGUACCAUCAUUAUCAUUUUCGCAAGUUACUGGAUUGAACUUACAUCUUAUAAAUGUUGUGAUAUGCUCCAUAUGCGUGUUUUACACAAUGAUUGGUGGAAUAAAAGCAGUAGUUUGGACUGAUGUUGUGCAGGCGUUCAUUAUGUUUGGUUCGGUUAUAGUGGUAGCACUUUUAGCUAUGCUUAAAUUAGGAUCUUUAGGAGAGUUAUUUGAAAGGGCGAAUUCCGGCGGAAGGCUAUAUAUGACGAACCUCAGCUUCGAUUUAACGGAGAGGACAACAUUUUGGAAUUGUUUUUUGGGUAGUAUAAUAGGGUGGAUGAGCUACGUUGGAUUAAAUCAGAGUUGUGUUCAAAGAAUUGUUGCUUUACCGUCAAUUGAUCACGCAAAAAGAUCUUUAACGAUCUUUACAUUCGGCUGCUUUCUUACAUUAUCUUUGAGUUGUUUGACAGGAGUUAUUAUGUACGCUUGGUACUACGAAUGUGACCCAGUAAAGGCAGGCGUGGUGGAAAAAUCUGAUAAACUAAUGCCCUUUUUUGUACAAGACAUUAUAGGCAAAGUAAAUGGUAUGCCUGGGUUAUUUAUAUCGUGUGUCUUCAGUGCCGCUCUAAGCACAAUGUCAGCUUGCUUAAAUACAUUAGCUGGUGUUAUAUAUUUUGAUUUAAUUCGCCCGCAUAUUAAACAUACAGAAUCAAAAGCCAAUUUUAUAAUGAAAAUUAUUGUUAUUUUAAAUGGUGUGUAUUGUGUUCUUGCCGGAUUUAUAGUAGAACAAUUUGAUUCAUUGUUGCAAAUUGUAUUUACAAUAAUUGGCGUUACACAAGGCUGUGUGGGUGGUGUAUUUUUAAUCGGAAUGUUGUUACCGAAAGUGAACGCUAGAGCAAUUUUUAUAGCUGCACUAACAAGUUUUGCAGCCGUUUUUACAUUAGCUGUAGGAUCAACAAUACAAAUGAAGUCAAGAUUAUGGAAAUAUCAGCCACUCGACACAAGUGUGCAAAAUUGUGAAAAAUUAUUAAAUACGACACUUGUUAUAUCUGCAAAAAAAUUUGAUGAAGACCUGUAUUCACAUACUGAAGAAUUUUCAAUAUUCAAAAUAUCUUUUUAUUGGUAUACAGUUAUAGGUGCUCUAAUCGUAUUAGUAAUAUCUGUACCGUUGUCCAUUUGUUUUAGACCAGCAAAAGAAAAGGAAUUAGAUAUAAAUUUGUUUCCACCAAUUAUUCAUAGUCUUAUUAAAGAUAAUAAAAUAGAGAAAAGUAUUGAAAUAACAAAAAUGAAAAGUAUCUUGAAUUUUGAAAAUAAAAGUAAAAUGGCAGCUACUAAUGAAAGUGUUUCAGAAAAUGUUGAAGAAAUUUCAAAAUUUGUAUUUAAUAUAGUGGAUUACACUCUGUUUUUAAUAAUGUUAUGUAUAUCAGCUGGUAUUGGUAUUUAUUUUGGUUUUUUCGAAAAGCAUGCCGAUACUACCGAUGAAUAUUUAAUGGGUAGUAAAAAAAUGAAAACUAUACCGAUAGCGAUUUCAUUAAUUGCAAGUCAAUUAUCUGCUCUUUCCAUUAUGACAAUACCAGUUGAAAUUUUUUCAUUUGGAUUACAUUACUUUUGGAGCCCUUGUGCAAUUUUAAUAAUAAUUCCAGCUUUAAGUUACGUUAUUGUACCAGUAUUUUAUAACAAUAACAUUUCAAAUUGCUAUGAGUAUUUAGAGAUGAGAUUUAAUUCAAAAAUUAGGAAAAUUGUAACACUGUCGUUUAUCAUUAAAGUAUACUUUCUACUACCUGUUUACAUUUUUAUACCAUCAUUAGCAUUUUCGCAAGUGACUGGAUUCAAUAUUCACUUAAUAAAUAUAGUUGUGUGCUCUGUUUGCAUUUUUUAUACGAUGGUGGGUGGUAUUAAAGCUGUUGUAUGGACAGAUGUUGUGCAAGCACUCGUAAUGCUUGGUUCUGUUGUUUUAGUUACAGCAUUAACGAUAAUUAAGAUUGGAGGUUUUGAAGAAGUUUUUUUCAGAGCUAGCUAUGGGGGACGGCUUUACAUGACUAACUUUUCAUUUGAUUUAACAACGAGAGCAACAUUCUGGAAUUGUUUUGUAGGGUCGCUCUCUUCAUGGAUGAGUUAUGUUGGUGUCCACCAAAGCUGCGUACAACGUAUUGUUUCAUUACCAUCUUUGAGUCAUGCAAGAAAUUCUUUGAUACUAUUUGGCGUAGGUUGUUUCUCAUUUUUAGGUCUUAAUGUUCUUACUGGUAUCGUUAUGUACGCCAGAUAUCACCUAUGUGACCCAAUUAAAGCUGGCUUUGUUGAUAAAGCUGAUAAAUUAGUUCCAUUUUUUGUUCAAGAUGUUAUUGGUCAUUUUACUGGUAUGCCCGGACUGUUUAUAUCAGCUGUAUUCUGUGCUGCAUUAAGUACAAUGUCUGCAAAUUUAAACACUUUAGCUGGAUUAGUUUAUUUUGAUUAUAUAAAACCCAAAAUUAAUCAUACCGAGAGUCGAGCUAAUCUUAUAAUGAAAACAAUUGUUGUUUUUAAUGGAAUAUAUUGUAUCUUAGGCGGUUUUAUUGUUCAAAAAUUCAAUUCGAUUUUUCAAGUUGUACUGACUAUUAGUGGUGUAACCCAAGGUGCUGUUGUUGGUAUUUUUUUACUUGGAAUGCUCUAUCCUAAAGCACAUUCAAAGGCUGCUCUUGUUGGUGUUAUUUUAAGUAUGGUAUUUGUUGCCACGAUAGCUGUUGGAACUCAAGCUCAGUUGAAAGCUGGUCUUUUUAAUUAUGAAGUUUUACCAACUAGUAUCGAAAGAUGUGAAGAAUUCAACUCAACUUUAAAACUAAAUUAUGUAUCACCGGUAAAAUUUCAAAACGAAUUAAAUCCAGAGGGCGACGUUUUCAGUAUUUUCAAAGUAUCUUUUUAUUGGUACAAUUGUAUGGGCAGCGUAUUAGUAUGGUUAUUUAGUGUACCUUUAAGUCAUUUAAUACCUAAUAAUGAAAGUAAAAAAUUAGAUCGUAGUUUACUAUCACCUGUCAUUAAGAGAUUUAUUCCUAAAAAUAAUUACAAAAGCAAUGUGGUUGCAAAAGUAAUAGAAGAAAUCCCAUUAAGGCAAUAAGUAUUUGAA